AUGGCGACCCUGAGCACCGAGGAGAAAGAUCCAAUUCACGAAGGCUCAGCUGCUGAAGAGGAGCCGGCCACAACGCACGCCCUCCUUGCCGAAGCGGAAAGUUGCAAGGACCGAGGCAACGUAGACUUUCACAAGGGAAAGGUACUGGCGAAACACACGGCGGGCAAGAACUUUCUCCGCGACGCCUGUGUCCUGUAUGCGGAGGGACUCCGGGUGCUCGGCGAGGCAGACGCUCGCCUUCUGGCACAGCGCGCGCAGCAGCAACAGCAGCAGCAACAGCAGCAGCGGCAGGAAGAGGGCAACGACAACCGAGCCAGCGCCGCCAACACCUCUGAUGGGAGCAGAAGCCCAACCCCUUCGCCACCUGUACCACCACCUAGAGUACAAACGCAGGGGAAUGAUGAUCAAGCUCCAGUCCGGCCUCCUCCUCUGCAAGACAGAGAAACCGCAUCCCUUUCCAAGCGAGCGGACACGGUCCGACCGUCCCUGUACCUCAACCUCGCCGCGUGCAACCUCCUCCUGCGGGAGUGGACCCCCGCGAUUGCCUGCUGCACGCACGUGCUCGACGAGUGCUGCGGGGACGCCCUGCGUGAAAUCGAGGCGGAAAUCGGCGGCACGGGGAAAGACGCACGUGACGGUGUUCCUGGGGUGGCUCAAGGUGACCGCCGCGCGGCUCCCGCUGCUGCCAAUGAUAACGCCGGUACCACAAGGGCCAGUUCUGCGACAGGUACAUCAACAGGAGAUGCAGAAGAUGCGGCGGCAGCCCCGACGGGUACGGGAGCUCUCCCGGAUAAGGGGCAGCAGCAGCAGAAGGAGGGGCAACCAGGAGAGAUCUACGGAGAACACCAGGGAACGACGGCACCAAGUCGCGGCGCUGACAGGGAAGCCGAGCCGGGAGCAGACCCAGCGCAGGAAGAAAGUGGAGAGAGAGAACGGGAGGCAGAGAAGACGAGGUAUCGAGAAGUAGCCGCGAAAUGCCUCUACAGGAGGGCGGCGGCCCUGGCGGGAGGCGGAAACGUGGCCGCCGCGCGAGAGGACUUGGUGCGGGCCCUGCGGUUGAAACCCCGAGACGCCGCCAUCAGCCGAGAGCUCAAGAAGGCAAAGAAGCAGCUCGCAGAAAACGAGGCCAAGGAAAGCCUCCGACGGGAAACGGAAGAAGGCCGAAGAAGCAGGCAGCAACAGCAACAACGACAGGCCGAUUCCACUUCCGAGGUGACGAAGACGGACAACAUCACUUCUGCGACCGCCGAUGGCGGAAGCGCUCCUACGCAGCAGCUAGCACGCUCCCCCGCACCGGGGGCAGACCACGCUGUCAUCGCCGGCGGCAUCGGCGGAGACCAGGGGGGAGUGAAAGCACCGGAAAACCAACAGCAGCAGGGGGGCCGGGUGUCGAAGGAGGAGGAGGGGAAGGGAAGUUGCAGUGGUGACGAAGAGUCUAACGAACGCUCUCAAGAACAAUCCGAACAACCCUUCUCGACGCACAAUGGCGGCGAGUGUAGGGACGGGCUCUACGCUUGGAAUCAGUCCAUCUACGAGGUUCAGGUGAGCGUUAAGAUACCCCCCUGGGCCCGAGCCAGCGACGUUCGCGUAGACUUGCAUCGAUCGCGCCUGUCGGUGUCCGUCGUCUUUCCGCACGCCGAGGACGAUCGCCCAAGAAGAACAAGACCACAAUUCACGCACGGUGCAGGGACGAGCGCCACCACCGCCGGCCCUACGGCAAGCAGCGACGCCGCCAAAGAUCCAGCCUCCCAGGGGGGGGACCCCGGAUUUGUAGGCGAAGGCGAGACCGCGACGCCCGUCCUCGCCGGAGCCCUGAGCCGGCCCGUCCAGGUGGACGAGUGCCUGUGGACGAUGGAGCGGCCCGGUCGGGUGCUGCUGUACCUGCAGAAGGAGCUACCGGCUGACGGCGAGCCGGGGUUCGAGUGGUGGGCGUGCGUGAUGGAGGGGGACCCUGGGGUCGACGUGCUCGCGUGCGACGCCGGGUCUGACGCCUCCAGGUACCCCGAGCACGCCAGGAGGCGAGGGGCGAAGGCGCUGUGGGAGCACCAGAACAAGAGCCCGGAGGAGAGGCUGGAGGAGGAACGGAUGCGCGACGCGUACCGGCAAAUGGAGGAGGAGGCGGAGCAGAGACAGCGUGACCUGGACAAGGCCAUGGAGGACCCCAGGAAAGCAGAGCUGUACCGGCAGCUGAAAAAGACCAUGCCAGACACCUCCAUCAGCAUUAAGUAG